CUUUUCGCUCUUCGGUUGUGAAUACAGCGCGCGCCAAAUGAAAGAAAUGCAUUUUGCUUGGAGGUGACUCGAAAUGUUUGGUAUUUCAUACGGAGAGCUCUUUCUUUUGGUCGGAGCCACCGCUGCUCUUGUUGGACCAAAGGAUCUGCCUAGAAUUGCUAGAGCAGCUGGAAGGUUAGCAGGUCGAUCAAUCGGAUAUGUUCAAUUAGCUCGUGGCCAUUUCGAUAAUGUUAUGCAACAAUCUCAAGCUCGUCAGGUUUACAAAGAGCUUCAAGAUACAAUGGCACAGCUGGAUGCAAUUCGGCAUGAAAUCCGCAGUUUAUCUCUUGUUAAUCCUGGUCCUAUGACCAGAAGACUGAUGGAAAAUCCUCCAGAGCCUGCUUCUGAUAGUAAUGUUACAAUUCCACCUGAGAAAUGUGAAGAAGAGAGGAAUUCAGCCGAUAUGUUGAAGAAGGAUUAUAAUUUAAAGCCCUCGGUUUCGACUGAUUUGCAUAGUCAGGCAACUGCUUAUGCAAGGUUUCUGAAUCUGAAGCUGUUAAAACUGGUUCAGUGGGAUGUGUGUAAAAGAAGAAAAUCUUAAUUACGAAUUCGGUGAUUUCACUGUUUUUCCGGUUUCAGCUGAAAGUGCUAAACUUCUUCCAGAACGAAAAGAAAGCGCAAAAGGAUCAGACCUUGUGUUGGAAGCAGUGGUGGAGGCCGAGGUGGCGCGAAAUGCCAAAGAGUUCUUUUCUCCGCCUCAAAAUCAAAUACAGUAAAUAAGAAGUUAUUGCUAGUCUUGGCUUUCAUCUCAGCA